GUGGCAGCGAUGGCCCAGGUCCCCCGGCUCUCGGCCCUGUGGGCAGCUGGCGCGCGCGUGUCUCCGCGUGUCUGCGCGUGUGUGUCCGUGCGUGUGAGUGAAAUGAGGUGGAGUCCUACGCCUGGGUGUUUCCUUCCAAGAGAUUUUGAUCAGCAGUCAUGGGAAAAAAAAUUCUGGCUAAAAAGGAUGAAAACGGAGUAAGUACACAGAACUUUGAACUUGAAACAGAACGCGACCAAACGCAAGCAAAACCCUGACAGUAACCCCACACAUUCAAACUGCUAUUCCCUUCUUGUGUUAAAGGCCGCGGAUGCUGACAGCAAAGUGGCAACUGAAAACUGAACGAAGGGAAGCCGUUCAGAAACCGCUGAGAGCAGGGCGGCUUUCAAACCGGAGGGAAAAUGAGAAACUGCUAGGGGCAACCUGGCCUGCGCCCAGCUGUGCAACAGGCACUUCGCGUUCCCUCUGCUGCUGCGUCUUCGGGGCUCUUUUCAGACUCAGGUCCGCUUUACCGUGCUUUCUCUUUGCCCCAAAGCCGAGACAAGCUGAACUCCUAAGUUUAUGACUGUUGUGGAAAUAAGAUAGUACCGGAAGAAACUCUUACCAGCCCGGGAUGCAUUCGGAUGAUUUCUUUACGACUCUCAUUAUUUUGACAUCUUAAAAAAAGAAUAAGCAAGUCGGUCACUUUUUACUGUCCUUCACGAAAGGGCUCUAAACACCUCGGACCGCUGGGACCUGUGUGAGUCUUUGGCAUGAACCUUCGGAAUGUUCUCAAGGGGAGUUGGGGCGAAUUUGAUUGGAGUUGUGCAAAAAGAAGACAGAUGUGUACUUUUUCCAUGCUGACAGCGUGGCCAGGGGCCAAGUGAAGGUGGACUGGUCAUGGUCUGUCGACCGGGGUUCCUUUGUCGCCGGCGAUUUUGCCCCCGACCUUUCUUGGUGGGUUUGGUGGUGGCAAUCUGUCUCUUUUACCAGACUCUGACAUUCCGAGGGGCUAAGAAGCUUGCAGCCGAGGUUCCUGGGUCUGUUCCUCACAUACCCUCACAAACCCAGGCUAGCAGAUGCGAGCAAGGCUAUCCACGGGACAAACGGUGCUUCCAUCUCUCCGCAAAUGCCCAGGAAAUCAGGAAGAUUGAAGAAUCAAUCGAGACACACUUUGGCCAUCGCAGCAGAAGAGCUGUCCUCUUCAGCCCUCCUUCGUAUGGUGGAGCCGAGCUUCAGACCCUCCAGUACCUCCUCCAUCAGCAUGGCUACAGUAUUGUCACUGUUGAAGAAAGGCUUGGUGCUGGCCUAGGUCUGGAGCUGCUGGGCCAAGGUGAUCUGAACUCCUGGGAUGUGUUCAUUUGCCUGCCUUCCAGAGAAGCCGGUGGGAAACCCUGCAUACCCAGGGAGCACAUGUGUCGACUAAGUCUACAUCAAAAGAUAAAUGUAUUACCAGAAAUACAGUCUCAGCUCUGCAGAAAAGAAGGCCUGUGUCAGAUGAUCAGAAGAUUUCCAGAACUACGGCUUCCAGUGAGUCCCUCUGUGUGCCUGGAUCAAGGGACACAGUCACAGCUGCGUGCCUCCAGUCACCUCUUAAACGGAGCCAAGCCACAUAUAUGGAAACCAUGGGACUGGCAACGCGAACAGCUGAAUCACACCACAGUCCUUGCUCCACGUGAAGCAAUCUUCAGAGCCGAAGAGCUAUCUGUGAUUCUUAAAGCCUAUGUGUUGGUGACCUCCUUAAGGCCGUUGCGUGCAUUCAUUCAUUCAACCGGCACGGUGUGGAGCCCACCAAAGAAGAAACGCUUCACUGUCAAGCUGCAAAUGUUUUUUGAGACAUUCCUGAGGACAAGUUCACCUCUGCAGGCAUUGGAUAGCAUGAAAGAAGCAAUUAGCAAGCUCUUAUUGGUGGCCGAGGUGUUCAGUGAAGCAUCUACUCUGGGACCAAAGACCUUCCAUAAAUGUAGACAGUGUUUUCAGCUUUUGACUUUUGAUAUUGGUUAUGGGGAUGUUGGAUAUCCCGUAGUGCUGCAGGUACAUGAGCACUUAAAAUUUCAAGAUGACGAGAAUUUCAAUUUGGAGGACCAAAAUACAGAAAAAAUCCUUUUGGAGGAUACUUUCAAUUUCCUCUUCUCCAAUACAUCUUCACUUCCCUUAUUUUCUGAGCUAUUGCAGAGGUUUCAAAGAGCCGGUGCGUUUGAGGAUGGAAACCAUCAAAAGGAGCUCAAUCAGUGCCUGUCCUUAGAGGAACUUCACUCAGUUAGGACGUUUGUAAAGGAACUUGGGCGUCUGGGAGAAUUCCAACUGCUCUUCCCAUCCACCGCUCCUGGGAUUCAGGCUGUGAUGCGUGAAUUUUAUGAUAUGGCAACUCCUGGCUCAGUCCUGUCCCAAUACUGGUCUCUUUUAAAUGUAUUUGAACAAUUUUGGCCCACAAAUAAAAAGGAACGGCUACAUCCACUGGAAUGGAAUUCUUCAACAAGAAACGAGGCCAUUAAGAAACCACAAAAGUCAUUGGAAGCAAUCAACAGUAAAAAAGAUGCAGUUCCACGAGUUUCGUAUGAAAAUAAAGAUAUACAUUGCAGUAAUGAGGAAGACACACUUUGCCAUAUCAAGAAGAUCUUCACCCAUCCCCGUUUGGAACUGAGUCCCGAGUUUAAUCCGAAGAUCAAAGAUUAUUACUGUGAAGUGCCAUUUGAUGUGCUAACAGUAAGGAUCGGAGCAGAGCCUUCUAAGUGUCAGUGCAAGGUGCACCUGCAAGAGCGGGCAGGCCCGAGCUUUGCCAAUUAUCCUCUGGGAUUAGGAAUGAACAGAAUUUCCAUGCUCGUGGUGGAUGAAUCUCCAGCAGAGGGUGACAUGGUAACCACGUAUAAACUCACCAUUUAUAGAGAAGAUCGUCCAAGUCUGCCCUUCUUUGAGGACUUUACAGCGUGCGGUUUUGUACAAGACUGUGGCUUAUUGAUUAACCCGGAAGAAGCCUGUGGGUUGCAGCCUAUUUCUUCAGACUACAUUGAAGCCAUUUCACAGCCUAAAAUAGAGAGUUGUCUGUCUGGGGACACUAAAGGCCGGUGGAUUGUGCCUUGCCUCAGUUGUUCAGACAACAGGACCUGUGACUGGCGAGAAAUAACCUGGCAGCCACACAACUGCCAACAUGACAUCCUAACCAAGCCAGAACUUCAGCAGUGCCUGCGUGGGAGGAAGAUUCUUUUCAUUGGCGAUUCCACCAACAGAGGAAUGAUGUACUAUCUUAUUGAGAGACUGAACGAAACCCUGCAGGAGUGGCAGAAGGUGCACGGCACUAAACUGUAUCCUGGUGUCAACGGGGGGAAGACUUUGAUCAGCUACUCCUACUACCCCCAGUUCUGGAUAAGCCCUUCACUGAGACCAACAUUUGAAAAAGCGCUUGAGCAUCUCUUGCAAAGAUCACAUCCCCUAGAGAAUACUGACCAGACAGUAUUGGUUGUUGGUGGUGUUCAGUGGCUCAAUUCCAAUCACCUGCAAAUUAUUCACAAGGUUUUAAAGAGGGAAAACUUGCUCAAUAUCCUAGUGAUCAUCAAAACUUUGGGGAUUGGAUUUCAUCUGCCAGUGGACGGGGUGCAUUUCCUAACACAGAGUGAAGUACGAAACUUAUAUAAAGAAAAUCAGAACAUUCUGGAAGCUGCCAAAAACUACGGCUAUGAAGUAGUAGACACAUUCACUAUCACGAUGGGACGACACAAGGAAUUCCUGCAGGGCAAUUGUGGAUGCCAUUUCCAUGAGGUGGUUAAAUCGAAGUUAUCCAGAGAGCCCCACGUUCUCAAGAUGAAAAGAUCCAAGAACCAUACUGUGGAAAAAUACUUCAGCAAUCAAAACAAACGGCACCGACAAAAUUCUGUCCCAAAUGUUCAUUCGCCAUAUCAUGUCAGAGGGCCAAUAAAUCAGGUUUGUUCUGAAAUCCUGCUCAGCAGGAUGUGUGCGAGUCAGCGGUCUGCGCAGGCUCCCUGAAGAAGAGGUGAAUUCAGAAUGAGAGAUAAGCCUGUCUUCUCCAGAUAAGCCUGGACAAUGGUCUGAGAACCAGAUGUGCCUCGCUCAUGCUUUGCAACGAUUGCACACUCACCAGGGCAAGCAUGCACACCAAAGCACGCGCCUUACCAAAGAGGAAUGACAUCUUUUUCUUAUAACAGAACGCCGUAAAAGUGACCUUGAGCAUCCAUCCAUCCUUGGUUUCAGACCCAAGGACAGAACUAUAAGGAGAUCACUUGAAAGGUGAUCACAAACUAGGACCACAUGGACCAGGUACUGUAGUGCAAUGAUAAACAAAACUAUGGAAAUGUAAGAACAUGGGCAUAGGGCAAUGCUGUUCCUGCGCUCUCCUCUCCAUAGGCAUGCUAACGUGGGAAGAAGCAAUUACAUUCCGCAUGGAGGGAGAUAACACUUCAGUUCUUUACCAGGAGAAAGAGGGCUAUUUGUGGAGGUUUGGGCUUUGAGGAUCUAAUGCUUAUAAAAAAACAUUUCUUGUUAUACUUUUAAAAGUUUGUAAUGGAAGGGCAAGAACAGGAGGAGAUGCUCUGCAGGGGGAUUCAAAGGGAUUCUCGGCGUGUGAUAAGAAGCGAUAUUGUUUUGAACUCUGUGCUCUUGUGAGUUCCACAAACAUCCCUCUACGCCAAACUGUGAGCCCGGAUGGGGAGCACAGUCUAAGUUGCUGAUAGAGUUUGAAGUGUGGGGCACAAUAAAGUUCCCCAUUGGUUACCUUGUUCCUUUUUGUGGAUGCUCUCUCUGAAGAAGCUUUCCCUUGUCCCUUUAAAUGUAUCUCAUCUAAGACGACGGUUACAUUUUAGAUAUCUUCCCAAAGGACUGCAGAUUCUCAAAUGUAUAAGAAUUUUCUAUGUACCCACAAACAGUACUAUGUGACUAGUAUCUGUAUUUUCAUUUGAACAAAUGUGUUUAAUUUAAAGUAGCCUUACAAGAAUUUUUAUGAAAAUUGUGGUAUAAGUAGGGAACACACCUAUUUCUAGCCUUGAGAACUUUCACGUCUGUCUUUUUAGGUACAAAAGGAAAAAUUGCCUUAUUAUACAAAUUGUUUUACGAGAUAACAUCCUACUGCUAUCUAUGGUGAGUUUUAAAGAAUGAGUUGAGCCCGAGAAGAAGAAGCUGAGAGGCCUAACUCAGUAUGUAGCUAAGAUUACUAACUGUACAAAUACCUCAAAUUCAUUGCCAUAAAAAAUGAAACUGUUUGGUUCUAUUGACCCGAGUUCUCUAGAAUGCAUAUCCACCUCCUUCAAAUAUUCUAUUUUUAUAUCUAUUUUUAUAAGAACAUAAACAUGAAUUUAUAUUUAACUGUAUUAAAUUAUAUUUAAAUAUGCAUAUCACUUUGAUAAAAACAGCAUAUGCAUUUAGAAAUAGAUUUUUUUGAACAGCGGUACCAAAUUAACUUAAAAAUUACAUAUUUUCCAUACAAACAUCUAUAUACAAACACGGUUUUUAGAUUUUCAGUUAUUUUUGAUGUUAUGAAAUGCAUCAAAUUUUAAUGCAUUGCAUAUUCCACAGCAGUAUUACAGUUAAUGCUAGCUUUUGGUAACUCACUAGCAGGCAAUGUCACUGUAAAAACUCUCUGACUUGAGUUAGCCUGGCAUCUUCUUCUUCACCACUGAAAUAAUACUAAACCUUAGAAACAAUUGUAAUGUAUUUUCAAUAAAUGUCAAACUGCUUAAAAA